AUUCCUAUUCCAAAUCAUGCUGCUGUCCUGGGGAAGCAUGGGGCGCGUAGGUGCCGCCGUCCUUGUGCUUAUCAUGACGACUCUAUUGCAGUCCGUCGUCGUGGUAUCAGGCACCCUUGUGCGCAUCCCAUUGUACCGGCGACCGAGGCCCAACAUCGACGCAACCUUCCCAUCACUUGUAGACCCGUCGUUCAUCAUGAAUGCUGCCGCCCGCGGCCACGUUGCCCUGACAAACUUUGUCGAGUUUCAAUUCUACGGCGACAUGACAGUUGGCACUCCACCCCAGCAGCUUGUGGUGACGUUUGACACGGGCAGCAGCGACCUCUGGGUCCCCGGCAGCGCGUGCGUGCAUUGCGCUGGGACGCAUCGGUUCCUCCCGACAUCGUCGUCCACGUUUCAUCUAUCUUCCAAUCCCAACUUCACGAUCGCAUAUGGCAGUGGGCAAGCGCGCGGUCUGAGCGGCAUCGACUCGAUCUCCGUGGCCGGGUUCACGGCGACGGGGGUGCCAUUGGGUGUGGUGGAGCAGGAGGAAGAUUCGUUGAGCAACAUGAAGCCGGACGGACUCAUGGGUCUUGCGUUCGACGGCCUCGCGACGUUCUCGCAUCCGCCUCCGUUCAUGCUGCUCGUGCACCAGAACAGCCCGGCGUUGGCACCGCGCUUCUCAUUCUACCUCACUCCCGAGCCCAACACGAACGGAUCGGAAGUCAUCUUUGGCGGGUACGACGAGGACCGAAUGCAAGGACAGGUGUGGCAGACCAUGGACGUGGUUCCUCAGUACGGAUACUGGACGUUCUGGCGCGUACGACUCCAUAGCAUGCACAUUGGAUCGACGUUGAAUGCAUGCGACGACGGGUGCAUCGCGUUCGUGGACACGGGCACGUCGCUGCUGGGGGUGCCGGAAGCGCAGUACCCGGCCGUGAUGGACGCCAUCUCCCAAUACGCGACCAAGGCCGGGUGCUAUUGUGGCUUUACAACGUACGGAUUCCAGUGCUACAUGUGCUCCAGGUCCAACUUCCCUCUGUUGCGGUUUGGCCUGGGUGGCCACUCGUUCUUUACGCUCACAGGAGCGGACUACACCAUGUGCAUUGGCGCCACGUGUUUGGUGCUGAUCCAAGAAUCGGGCCAAGACAUGUGGACGUUGGGCGAUGUAUUUUUAAAGAAAUAUCAGAGUCUGUACGACAUUCAAGCCAAACAAGUCUCGUUUGCAUGUCCUGUUCAAGCGCUUCACUGCGGCAACGAGAGCGCCGCCGACGCCGUCGCGCGCCCCAUCCUCGACAACGUCAGCCUCAGCCUCUUGGACCCGCACACGAUUUUAAUUCUAUUUCUCAGCGGAUUUAGCAUCCUCGGGUGCUUGUUUAUCAUUGGCACGUACUGGCUGUACCCGACUCUGCAGACCAAGCGCGUGCUUUCGCUUCUGUUUUGGCUCAGCUGGUGCAAUCUUGUCUUCAACGCCCUCGUCUGGAUCGGCAGUGUAUGGCAGUAUAGUGCUACGUCCUUGGGCUGCUCUGUCCAGCUUGUCGUGCAGCAAUUUGCAGGCGUCGGCAUCCUCCUCUUGAGCGCCGUCAUUAGCAUCGAACUGCUCCGCGCCGUGUCGGGAUGGCAGACUCAGACUUCGGAUCUCUCUAGCUGGUACCAUUCGAUCGUGUGGACGGCGUGCACUGCGUGUGCCUGUGUAACGAUAUGGACUGGGGUCUUGGGCUACGUCCCAGAUACCAACUACGGUCCUGGCAUGGCGUGCUGGGUAGGCCAUACUCCAAUCUGGGGGCGCAUUGCGUUCUUCUAUGUGCCAGUGCUGCUGAUCCUUGUGCUAAGCCUACAUGCCCUCCAAGUAGCCAUCUACCGCCUCCACAGCACGAACUUGAUCCAAACAGAGUCGGGGCGGCGCAGCUCCCAACUGCUCGUGUCAUAUGUGAUAGUGUUUGGCAUCACGUCCGUCGUUCCUGCCUGUACGUGUUUGUAUUGGUUGACACUAUUUGCGACUGGCGACUGGAUAAUAGUGUAUGUGUAGUGGUCGGGUUGACGGCGCUGUAUGUAAACUUGCCAGAGCUGGUGCUGUACACGAGCGAAAUGUGCUUUUACGCCCAAGGACUACUGCACUGCUUUGUAUGGGCGUGCAGUCCAUCGUUUCAACAAGCAUAUACGCAGCGAUAUUACGCCCUCGGCAAUCAUGAAGUCGAGGGAUUAGUAGCUGAAUAGAUCAAAAGAAAUAAUACCAAGUUGCGGUCGAUAGUUAAUUCCAUCGUAUAUAUUUGAAAAAUCA